GCCCAGCAUGCCCAGGUGAAGUGAAGACUCGCGAUCGUGGCUCACUUUUAAAACUCCCGCCGGGGUCUGAUAUCUUCGAGGCCUUUGCUAAGGUCAGAGCAGACAAAAAUCUUACAGAUGAGGAGGCGUUUCUUGAGUUGCUAGCAGCUUAUGAUAUCCCGCUGUCCACUCUCUCCCAGAUCUCAGCCAAGAAGUUGGAAGUCUCCUUUUCCAAUGUGACAUACAAGCAAAUUGCGCCAUACGUGUGGUUAAAUCCUCAUGCGGGAGGUCGAGAUAUGUUACGACUAGAUGUCUUUCGAUCCCGGAUUCCUACUGCCAUGUUUCAAGAUAUUGUACGUGAUGUUGAAGAUGCUUUCACACAGUACGGUCCCCUUGAUUCCCACGACAACGAAGAAACCAGAUCCCGCUUCAUCUCCUCUCUUUUCACCCGCAUUGUUUGCGUAUUCAACAGUAUUAUUGUCAAUAAGCCGGAGACCCUACUGGACGCUGAGUUUACUCGAAAAGGCCGUAUUGGGCACCAUUUUGUUGCACUCGAUUCGGUGAGCAUUGUUUUUAUUGAGGUGAAAAAGUCCUGGACAAUGGGAAAGCAAGGGCUUGAUAUAAAGGGCCAAGUUCUAGCUGAGUGUGCAGCGAGUGACUACACCAAUAUGAAGCAAGGGCACUGGGUGCCUAUCCUUGCUAUAUUAUGCGAUGGGAACAACUUUGAGUUUUUUGUCUUUGACUCUUCAGCCAAAGAAAUAUACUCAUCACGCCGCAUUACAGGUAUUAUAGCCGAUGAGCUAGGCGACCAUGCUGAUCUCCUUCUUUCUACUAAAAGAACUUGCGAAUACCUAUUCGAUUGGUUUGUCAUGGGCUAUAUCAAUAGCCUUCAAUCAUUUGGAGAUCAAUCACUAAAACGAUCGAACACUAAAAAACGAGAGUCGACUAGUCAAUGGGAGAACGCGCUCACGAAUGCUCAUACUGCGCACUGGUAUCUCAGAGAGGCGGCUGAAGCCGCUAAAAAGAAAAGGUUUAAUGAUGCCGAGACAAUGGCAGGUAGAGGCUUGGAGCAGCUCAAACAGAGCGUUUUGGAGAUCCCCCGCGAGCCUCUAUAUGAGAGAAGUCUCGAAUCGUUAUGGGAUGGCAGUGCGCCUCUGGAAGAGGCUCUGAGCAAUCGAAAUAUCUUCUAAACAAUACCUAUGCUUCCUAAUCACUUUUCAAUACUAUACCUUAAUCUAAGAAUUAUCUUCAAGAUUUAUUACUUCAGUAGCUAGGUACAUUUUUCCU